GGGAGGGAGGAGGAGGGAGGGCAGGAGGGAGAAGCUGACACACACGCAGAGACCUCACAGACAGCCAUCCCGGGCCCCGGCGGGCGAGGGGACAGAGGAGGGACAGAGAGAGCCGGCAGAGGUGCGGUGAGCAGGGGCUGCAAGAGCAGAGAUGAGGAGAAGCAGGUAGAGAGCUGUGGGAGCCGGGAGAGAGAGAAGGAGGGCGAGGCAGCGGGUGUGGGCAAGGGGGGGGACAGAGACAGACAGCAAGACACAGAGAGACAGAGGGACAGAGGGAAAGAGGAGAGGAAAAGAGGAAACAGAGAAGGAAAGAGACAGGAGAGAGAGGGAGAGAGAGAGAGAGCCUGCAGAAGACAGAGCAGAGCCAGAGCAGAGACAGCCGGGCCCGCAGGGAGUCUGGGGGUGACUGGGAGACCCCUGGGGGUGACUGGGGGACCUCUGGGGGCGACUGGGAGACCCCGGACGGGGAGGCCCAUGGGGAGGCAGGCGCUGGAUCGCUGAGUGUCUGCACCGGCUCUCCCCCCGCCGCCUCCCGCCCCCGGGGCCCCGCAGCCCAGGCGCCGGCUGGCACGGCCGGGGGAUGGCGGACUCGUGCCGGAACCUCACGUACGUGCGGGACUCGGUGGGCCCGGCCACCAGCGCCCUCAUGUUCGUGGCGGGCGUGGCGGGCAACGCGCUGGCGCUGGGCAUCCUGGGCGCGCGGCGGCGCGCGCGGGCGCGGCCCUCGGCCUUCGCCGUGCUGGUCACCGGGCUGGCGGCCACCGACCUGCUGGGCACGUGCUGCCUGAGCCCCGCCGUGUUCGCCGCCUACGCGCGCAACAGCUCGCUGCUGGGCCUGGCGCGCGGCCGGCCGGCGCUGUGCGACGCCUUCGCCUUCGCCAUGACCUUCUUCGGCCUGGCGUCCACGCUCAUCCUGUGCGCCAUGGCGGUGGAGCGCUGCCUGGCGCUCAGCCACCCGUACCGCUACGCGCGGCUGGACGCGCCCCGCUGCGCCCGCCGCGCCCUGCCCGCCGCCUACGCCUUCUGCGCCGCCUUCUGCGCGCCGCCGCUGCUCGGCCUGGGCCGCCACCAGCAGUACUGCCCGGGCAGCUGGUGCUUCGUCCGCCUGCGCGCCCCCGCGCCCGCCGGCUGCGCCUACUCGCUGGCCUACGCCGGCCUCGUGGCGCUGCUGCUGGCCGCCAUCGUGCUGUGCAACGCCUCGGCCACGCUCAGCCUGUGCCGCAUGCACCGCCAGCAGCGCCGCCACCAGGGCGCGCUGGCCCCGGGCCCCGGGCGCGAGGACGAGCUGGGCCACCUGGUCCUGCUGGGCCUCAUGACGGGCAUCAUGGCCGUGUGCUCCCUGCCACUCACGAUCCGCGGCUUCACCCAGGCCAUCGCCCCCGACAGCAGCGAGAUGGGGGACCUCCUCGCCUUCCGCUUCUACGCCUUCAACCCCAUCCUGGACCCCUGGGUGUUCAUUCUCUUCCGCAAGGCCGUCUUCCAGCGCCUCCGGCUCUGGCUGUGCCGCCUGCGCCCCCGGCCGGCCCGCGGCCGCCCCCCGCACCCCCUCUCCCAGCACCCCCGCUCCCAGCCCGCCCCCGGCGGGAAGGACCCCGGGGGGAAGGACCCCGGGGGCAAGGAGGGCAGCCCCGUGCCGCUGCCGGCCUGGGGCGAGGCCCAGCGGCCGGGCGGCGCCGUGGAAACGGGAACGCUGUCCAAAGAGGAGGCCUCGGCCGCCUGCUCGCUCUGCUGACAUCCUGGCGUCCGGGGGCCUCCUGUGCGUCUCCUGGGACAGCGGCCGGACGGUCCGGGGAAGCUGGCAGCUGCUGGUGGACAAGCAGAGCGAUGGACCCCGGAGCUCUGGCCUGCCAGGCAGGGCCUUCACCCCUGAAUCUCUGG